AUGUCAUCUAAAAAAGAAUACGGAAUAGAGGAGCAUAUAUAUGAAACUCUGCUUGAUUUAUAUAAAUUAGAGUGCAGUGAAGCCUUUAGAUUUCCAGUUGAUAUACACCUAUUUAAAUGCCCUGAUUAUUAUUAAAUUAUAACAGAUCCAAUGGAUUUGAGUACAUUGACUACUAAAUAUAAGGAUGGUGCAUACAAAACAUUCAAUGAAAUAAAAGAAUAAAUUGAUAAAAUCAUAAAAAACUGUAGAAAAUUCAAUACCGAUCCUAAUCAUACAAUAUUAAAAACUUGCUCUAAAUUUGAAUAAUGUUUUAAUACUAGAUGGAAUAAAUUAAAUGAAAUAAGAAUUCAAUUAGAAAUACCAGAUGAUUAUUAAUUAAAAGUUGAGAUGAAUAAAUUAGAUUCUAUUGAAUAAAGAAAAAAUAAAAAAAAAGAACCUGCAUCAUUAAAAGAAGAUUAGGUAGGUAGAAAACCAAGAUUACCAAAAAAUGAAAUUAAAACUUAUAAUAAUAACUAAUUCACAUUCACUAAACCAUAGAAUGAAUUUGUAGUCAAUAAAUUUAAAAUAAAAUCAUCAUCAAUCCAAGAUGAUGAUCAACCAUACAUAGAUUCAAAUACAAGUAUAAAAAAUGAAUCAUAAAACUUCCAAGACAAUCAAUUUGAAAGUAAAAUUUAGAAAAAAGAAGUCAUCGAAUCCCUUCCCCCUACUUCUUUUAAAGUUUCAAUAUCUAGAAUGACAUCGAAUGAUUUAGGAUAAAACCAAGAAAAAAUAAAGGAGACACCUCCAAUCUAAUUGAAUAAUUUUGAACCUCUCUAAAGAUAAGAUUCAACUAAAUCUACACUCUCUUUCAAGAUUCCAAUCCCUAAAUUGAAUCAACCAUAAUAAGAUACAAUAAAGGAUCCUCUUGAUUUCCAAAUACCAAAUAUUGCAAAAUCUAAUUAAACACAAUAAUAAUAGCAACCAAUUCCUAAACAAAUUCAAUUACCUAUAUAAUAGACAAAUUAAUCUAUAUCAACAGAGUCUUAAAAUUAAGUACAAUUAUAAUAAUAAUAAUAAAAAAUAUAAAUUCCAACUCAAUAAUUAACAUCAUAAUAACCUUAAUAAUCUAUAAAUAAUUAAUAGUCUAAUACUUAAUUAUUAUAGUAGCCACAAGUUUAAUAAUAACCACAACUACUAGGAACAUAAUAAAAAUAAUAAUAAUAAUAAUAAUUGUAAUAAUCAUAAUAAUUAUUAUAAUAAUCAUAAUAAUUAUAAUAGCCAUAAUUAUCAUAAUAAUCAAAUUAAGUUUAAAUAUAAAAAUAAUAAUUGUAACAAUAAAACAUUGAUGAUUAAAAAGCAAUACCUAAGAAAGUAGAAAUUAAAAAAGAAUAGAAUGAAUUUGCAUAGUAAAAUUCUGUUGCAUCAUUAGAUUAGUAGCACCCAGAAAUAUUACCUAAGAUAAGCAUUAAUUUUAAUAAUCCAAGUAAAAACACUUUACUAGAAUCAAAAACACAGUCUUAUGAAACAAAAAUAACUAUACCAAAAUAAUAACCUUAAUAAUUAAUUAAUACUUCAAGUUCGUAGCUUCCUUCCUAAAAAUAAUUUGAAAAAUCAAUUCCUAUUAUCAAAGGAACAACAUAAAAACUAGAGAUGCAAAAUACUCCAAAUACUCCUAAAGGAAAGAGAAAAAUUAUUGAUUCUGAUGAUUCAUAAGACUCUAGUAAAAUAGAAUAAAUUCCUAUAAUUAAAAAGCCCAGCGAGAAAAAAAUUGAAUAUAAUGAAACGCCAAUUUAACAUAGUAUCUCAGGGCCCUCAUCAGAAAAAAAGAUACCAAAUAUAGGAUCCCAUACCUUCUCUUUAAAUGAAUAAGAUAACAAAGUAUAACCAAAGGAGAACUAAUCAUUUAAACUUGCCCCAACAACUCCACCAGCUAUUUAACCUCCUUAAAAAAUUGAAGCUCCUCCAUCAAAAUAUGUAUUUAAAAUUGAUGUUAAUGCUAUUCAAAAAUUAGAAAAUGAUCAUAAUUAAAAAAAAAUAGAAAAGUAAAUACAAUAUAUAAUAUGUGUUUAGAAACAAAAAAUAUGCUUUAAAAUUAAUGUCUAUAUUGAAAAAACAUAUCAUCGCAAGAUAACCAAACAUUGAAAUACUGAAUAGAUGUUUAGAAGUACCUUCAAAAACUACUCUAAAUAUGAUUCUAAUGUGGUUAAAACAAGAAUUUGACAAGAUUCCUUUUUAAGAGUAUAUUACAAUAGCUAAGUUUGUUGAAUUAGCUUAUCAAAGCAUUCAAAAGUUUAAAUGUGAAGAGGAACCUCAAAAUGAAUAGUUGCUAUAGCAAUAUUUUAAUAAAGAAAAGGAAUAAGAAUAGAAUCGUCUAAAAAAAAUUGAAUAGGAGACUAAAGUAUAACAAGAACCAAUAAUUUUAGAGAAAAUUGAUAUAGAAAUGUUAUCUAAAUCAUUAAGAAUUAGAUCAAAAAGUAAAUUUUAUUAUUAUAAUAUCAAAUAGAAAAAAAGGUUAACGAUAAAGAGAAGAAAGAUAGAGAUACUGAUAAAUAAAAAGAUAGUGAUAAAUAACAAUAAAAACCUGUCUUACAUUAAUAAUAAGAAAUUUAAAGUUUUGCUUUAGAAAAUCCAAAGAAAAUAAAAUUAGAUCAAUAAUAAUAAUAAAUCUAAGAUAUUGAUGAUGAUUUUGAAGAGUAGACACAAGCUUAGGAUUGGUGGAAAAUUUUAGAAAAGAAAAAAAAUGAAUGUAAAGCCAUAGAAGAGGAAAAAAAAGAAAAAGAAGAUUAAGAAUAAGAGGAAAAAUUUUUUGUGAGAACAUUAGAUCAAGUCAAAGUAAAUUAUACUCUUAAUUUGGGAGAAAAGAAAGGAAUAGGUUUGUAUCCUACAAUUGUUGUAGAGAAAAUGUUCUUCUUUCUUUUAAAUCAUUAAUCAACCUAUUUUAAAUAAAAUAAAAGUUUACUAACCAACUUCUUUAGAAAAUUAAAGGAAAAUUAAACAGAAAAAAAAAAUGAUUUUUAUUAGUAAUUUAGUAAGUACAAUUACUAUGUUGAUGAAAAUCACACUCAAUUAAUGGAUUUAUAUAAAAUUGAUAAUUAUGCUGAAAUCUUAAUCAAAUUAACUUUAAAAGAUGAUGGAGAUUUUGAUCCCUAUUAAUUAGAAAAUAAGUUAAUUAUUAAUUUAGGGAUUAACAAUCUUUUAAGCUAUACAACUAAACAUAAUUUUAUAAACUACUCCUCGAUUAACAAAUAAUUUUAAUUAAAAUUAGCUUAAUAUCCAUAAUCAAUAAGCGAAACUAUAUUGCUCUCAAAAUUAUACGAGAUGAAUGAAAUAUUUGUGGAAAGCUUAGAAACUACAAAAAUGAAUGAGUAAAUACAUUUAUAUUAUUUAGUAAUGGAGGAUGUGGGGUGUUCUUAUGGAACUAAAAAAAAUAAGCAUUAAAUUAAGAAUAUCAAUAUUCAUGUCAUUUAUAGAUAUAAGUCCCAUUUACAUGUAUCUAAGAUUUAUGCUUAAGCUUAAAUGAUACAGUUAUCCUAAAUGGACAAUAAUUAUGA